CAUCUACAGUCAACACCAACCUGAGACUACAACUCAUCUCCAUGCCCCGACAAUGUUCGCUACUCGAUCGGUAGCCAGAGUCGCACUGCGACGCGCUCCCAAUGCCGUGAGGUAUUUCUCCUCGUCCCGGCCUGUCGCCGUCGCCUACCAUCCCUACACACUUCCCUCCCACAACGCUCCGCCUCCGAGAGGCGAUGACGUCCCCGAGACCUCGAUAACUCAACCCGAUCCUCUUCCUAAAGUCCAUGAGACACGCCCUCCUCCUCAACAACCUCAACGACCCCAGCCUCCUCAGCAACCUCAACCGCAACAAGAGGCACCCUCACAAAAUGCUGCCCCCGCCACACAGAAGGCUUCGGCACCAGCUCCGAAGCUCAACGAGAAGGAGGCUCAGAAGCCCAAGGCUGCCCGGCCACGACCAAAGCUACGAGCCCGUAAGGCGGCCAUGAAGCUGACGCCCGCCGCCGUGGAGCAAUUGAGGGAACUCCUCGACCAGCCCGACCCCAAGCUGAUCAAAGUCGGCGUUCGGAACCGAGGUUGCAGCGGUCUGGCUUACCACCUUGAAUAUGUGGAUAAGCCUGGUGCGUUUGAUGAGACGGUGGAACAGGACGGCGUCAAGGUUUUGAUCGACAGCAAGGCGCUGUUUAGCAUCAUUGGAAGUGAGAUGGACUGGGCCGAGGACAAGCUUAACCAGCGAUUUGUGUUCCGGAAUCCCAACAUCAAGGAACAGUGCGGCUGUGGAGAGUCUUUUAUGGUUUGAAACAUGGCCGGCGUUUGGUCUAGACGGAAUAGCAACUGAGGACGACAUUUCCUCACACGAGACGACGUCAACCUAUAGACACGAGUCAUUGUUCAAAGGAAGCGAGUCCGGGAUUAUUUGGAAACCACAAAGUACAGGCCACCCUACGAGGGGUAGGACCCUGCAACACUUGGGCCAACAAACAGCACGCGGAGCGGCAUUUAUGAGUUGUGCCUUGUAACAUGAAAAAUGGGAGCCGGCGGGGAUAGGCAUGGGAGCCGAGGACCUGGAACCGGCAUAAUCAAUGGCGUUGGGUUAGAUUGGAGAGACUACCUGCCUCUUGAAGAGCAUUUAUAUCAGCGUACCUUGUGUACGGAAUAGAAAUGGCUAUGUCAUGAC